GUUUCUCUUUUCCCUUUCCCAACUCAUAUUUUCCCAUCUCAGUUUCCUCCGUAUUCUCUCCCCUUCCCUCUAGCUCCACCACCACCACCGACGAGACUCGACUCGACGAGACACCAUACACCGUCGUUUCCAGACCAAAACAUGGCGCGUCGUCUCUUCGCCUGCUUCGGCAAAAGCGCCUCGGCCGCGACCACAAGCGACAGAAUCGGCACCGCCGACGUGGCGGCUGAGGAGCAGCGGCGCGGCGGCGCGGUGCUGGUGGAGCUCUUCUCGUCGCAGGGCUGCGCCACCUCGCUGGAGGCGGAGCUUCUGCUGUCGAGGCUCGGGAGGGGGGAUUUCGACGAGAUGGGCCUCCCGCCGGUGAUCAUCUUGGCCCAUCAUGUCGAUUACUGGGACUACAUGGGCUGGAAGGACCCCUUUGGGUCUAGCCUCGCCACCGUCAGGCAAAAGGCCUACGUCGAGGCCCUUAAGCUCGAUACGAUAUUUACGCCCCAGGUCGUGGUCCAGGGUAAGGCCCAUUGCGUUGGGAAUGAUGAGAAUGCUUUGUUGGGUUUGAUUAGGGAUGCACCCAGAUGCCCUGCUCCCACGUUCCAGGCAACUUUCCGAAGACCUUCACCAGACUCCCUACAAGUCUCCUUAACAGGCGCUUUGAGGACAAAGGUGGACAACUAUGGCGCCAAUGUGAUGGUGGCCUUAUAUGAAAACGGGCUGGUGACCGACUGCGCUAGAGGAGAGAACAAAGGGCGUGUCCUUUCAAAUGACUUCGUUGUCAGGAAACUCGAAAAGCUCUGCACCGUCAAAGACGUCUCAGCCAAGAAGAUUGUAUCAGGAACUGUGAACUUCCCUCUCUGGGAAGGUUUCCACGGAAGCAAAUGUAGCGUCGUUGUCUUUGUCCAGAGCACUUCUCAUCAGGUCUUGGGCUCGCAGAACUUCGAAUUACCUAACGAGAUAUGAGAUUUUGAAUGCAUUGCAGAACUUGCCUGUUCUAGUUUGCCAUGAUUACACGAUUCAACUCUCAUCUUAGGGUCAUUUCAUGUACAGGAUGUGUUCUUUUUUUUUUUUUCCUUUAGGAUACGGAUUUGUUUGCUUCUCAUGAUAUUCUUGUUAUUCUGGGAUGGCGUAGUGAAUUGGUUUAGGGAUCGGGAGAGAAAUUUGCAUUGAUGCUAUACACUUUCAUCAUUUGACUCAUGGAGAAAUUGAGUUGUAAUAGUUUUAUUGCCAUUUUUAUAUUGCUUUUCUCUUUUCA